AUGGAACAGUAUAAGGGAGCUCCAUUUGGUGAGCUUAGUCCACAUGUAUUUGCUGUUGCUGAUGCUUCUUAUAGAGCUAUGAUGAAUGGAGGUCAAAGCCAAUCUAUCUUGGUUAGCGGUGAAAGUGGUGCUGGGAAAACUGAGACCACAAAAUUGAUUAUGCAAUAUCUUACCUUUGUUGGUGGACGUGCUGGUGGUGAUGAUAGAACAGUUGAACAACAAGUCCUUGAAUCGAAUCCACUCUUAGAGGCAUUUGGCAAUGCAAGGACUGUCAGGAAUGACAAUUCAAGCUUGAACCGCGUUUAUGUAAAUGUCAGAUUCGCUUGGGGACAUUAUGCUUCGCUCAACGACUGGCGCCGUUUUGGGAAGUUUGUUGAAAUUCAAUUUGAUUCAAAUGGUAAAAUAUCUGGUGCUGCUAUUCGAACUUACUUACUAGAAAGAUCACGAGUAGUGCAGAUAACGGAUCCAGAAAGAAAUUAUCACUGCUUUUAUCAAUUAUGUGCAUCUGAAAGGGAUGUGGAGAAGUAUAAGUUGGGACAUCCAAGCCACUUCCACUAUUUGAAUCAAAGUAAAGUCUAUGAAUUAGAUGGGAUAAGCAGUGCUGAAGAGUACAUGAAGACUAGGAGAGCAAUGGAUAUUGUUGGCAUAAGUCACGAUGAUCAGGAAGCCAUAUUUUGCACCUUAGCUGCGAUUUUACACUUGGGUAACAUUGAAUUUUCUCCUGGAAAAGAGCAUGACUCAUCAGUAUUAAAAGAUGAUAAAUCAAGAUUUCAUUUGCAGAUGGCUGCCAAUCUUUUCAGGUGUGAUCUGAACUUACUGCUUGCAACAUUAUGUACCCGAUCAAUACAAACCCGAGAAGGAAAUAUUGUCAAAGCUCUUGAUUGUAACGCCGCUGUUGCUGGCCGCGAUGCUUUGGCGAAAACUGUCUAUGCUCGUUUAUUUGACUGGGUGAAUACUAAUUAUUGUUGUUGUGACAGGCUUGUGGAUAAGAUCAAUAGUUCUGUGGGCCAAGAUAUCAAUUCCCAGAUGCAAAUUGGAGUUUUGGAUAUAUAUGGUUUUGAGUGUUUUAAGGAUAAUAGCUUUGAGCAAUUCUGCAUCAAUUUUGCAAAUGAAAAGCUUCAGCAACAUUUUAAUCAGGGGCUAGACGUGGGACUUGUCGGCUUGAGAGGAGGAGGGGGUAGUCAUUGUGGAAGGUCACUUGUUGCUGAAGCUGUUGUUGUGGAAGGUCAUUGCAAAAGGUUGUCAUUGCUUAUUGGGGCAUGUGUGGUGGAAACUUUGUUAGGGUUCUUUGUUUUCAAGAGAGAUGAGGGUAAGGGACAUGUUUUCAAGAUGGAGCAGGAAGAAUACAGCAAAGAAGAAAUUAACUGGAGUUACAUUGAAUUUAUUGACAACCAAGAUGUUUUAGAUUUGAUUGAAAAGGUUUCUGCAAAAUCCUUUCUUGGCUGGAGGUUUUCUAUUCUAUGUUUCUAUGUUCUCAUGUAUCAUUCAUAUAAAAAGCCCAUUGGUAUCAUUGCUCUGUUAGAUGAAGCUUGCAUGUUUCCAAAAUCAACACAUGAAACAUUCUCUACAAAAUUGUUUAAACACUUCCUAUCACACCCUAGGUUAGAAAAGGAGAAGUUUUCAGAAACAGAUUUCACCCUUUCUCAUUAUGCUGGAAAGGUCACUUACCAUACAGACACCUUCUUAGACAAAAACCGUGAUUAUGUAGUUGUAGAACAUUGUAAUCUGCUAUCGUCUUCAAAAUUCCCCUUUGUGUCGGCCCUUUUUCCUUUGCUAACAGAGGAAUCUUCAAGGUCAUCUUACAAGUUUUCUUCUGUGGCUUCCAGAUUUAAGCAACAACUUCAAGCACUCAUGGAAACACUUAAUACAACCCAGCCUCAUUACAUUCGGUGUGUCAAGCCUAAUUCUUUGAAUCGACCACAAAAGUUUGAGAAUACUAGUGUCAUACACCAAUUACGAUGUGGGGGUGUCCUUGAGGCUGUAAGAAUAAGUCUGGCAGGUUACCCCACUCGAAGGAUUUAUUCAGAGUUUGUAGAUCGCUUUGGAUUAAUAGCUCCCGAAUUUAUGGAUGGAAGUUACGAUGAUAAAGCUGUAACUCUGAAAAUAUUGCAAAAGCUAAAGCUUGAGAAUUUUCAGUUAGGUAGGGCCAAAGUAUUUCUCAGGGCUGGUCAAAUUUGCAUUUUAGACUCUAGACGUGCGGAAGUUUUGGACAAUGCUGCAAAGUGUAUUCAGCGGCGACUGCGAACAUUUAUUGCACACAGGGAUUUCAUCUCAAUUCGAGCUGCUGCACUUUCUCUUCAAGCAUGCUGCAGGGGAUUUGGCUCCCUCCAAAGUGAUGAGGGUGCAGCAGCAACAGCUAUUACCACUCAGAAUUAUAUAUACUUCCGAAAGAUAUAUGCUUUGAGACGGGAGAAAGCAGCAGCUAUCUUGAUUCAGAAAUAUCUCCGUAUGUGUCUGAUGAGGCAUACUUAUGUGAAAUUAUGUUAUUCUUCUAUUAUUGUACAAUCCAAUGUUCGUGGUUUCACAACUCGUCAAAGGUUCUUGCACAGAAAGGAGCACAAAGCUGCCACUUCUAUUCAGGCUUAUUGGAGGAUGUGCAAGGUUCGAUAUGCGUUCCUAAAACAUCAAAAUUCAAUUGUAGCCAUACAAUGCCUUUGGCGGCGUAGACAGGCAAAAAGAGAGCUUCGUAGACUUAAACAAGAGGCUAAUGAAGCUGGAGCCUUGCGUUUAGCUAAGAAUAAACUUGAGAAACAAUUGGAAGAGUUUACAUGGCGGUUGCAUCUUGAGAAAAAAAUGAGGAUUUCUAAUGAAGAGGCUAAGCAUGUUGAGGUUUCCAAGCUACAGAAGAUGGUAGAGGCUCUAAAUCUUGAAUUAGAUGCAGCUAAACUGGCAACAAUUAAUGAGUGCAACAGAAAUGCAGUCUUGCAAAACCAGUUGCAAUUAUUAGGAAAGGAAAAAUCUGCUUUAGAAAGAGAUCUAAUUGCAAUGGAUGAAGUGAGAAAGGAAAAUGCCCAAUUAAAGGCUUCAUUGGAUGCUUUUGAAAAGAAGAGCACAACUUUGGAGCUUGAGCUUGUUGGUGCUCAGAAUGACCAUGACAAAACCAUUGAGAAAAUGAGGGAGUUUGAACAUAAGUGUUCUCAACUUGGGCAAGAUGUGAAAAGGCUUCAGGAAAAGCUAUCAAGUUUAGAGGAUGAAAAUCACGAGCUUCGUCAGAAAGCCUUAACUGUAUCUCCUAAGAUUAACCAUCGAGGUUUAACAAAGUCAUUUUCAGAAUGUCGCAGUGUGAGGGGUAAUGUGAAUUGCGGCCAUUGUGAUCUCUAUGGACUGAGAAGAAACUCUGUUUUUUGCCCCCUAAAUGAUGACAUGUGGUGCUGUUUAAUGUGCAAUCUUGGGGUUUUGCCCCUCUAUUUUGUUUAUCCUAUUUUGUCGCUUGCACUCCACUUGAAAGAUAAUCAACAGAGGCAUCUUCUCUCAUUAUGCAAACUAUUGCUCCUAGCUGUGUUUCAAGCCAAACUCUGGAACAUUGUUCUCUGGUCUCUCUCUGUUCACAUCCUUUUGGUCUAUUCUGUUCACAUCAAAAGGAUUUUUGUUUUGUUUCAGAUAAUUUCUUUCACAUGUCUCUUGAAGACUUCAGUUGUGUUUUGUUCUCUCAUUUGCAACCUUUACGAAGAGACAUCUGGUGCUGGUUUGGGUUACACUAUCACUGAUUACGAUGAUGAUCACCACUUGAAGACCUUUCCCAAUAAUUUUAUUGGUGGAUGCAGAUUUGAGAAUUUUGUUAUCCCUAAACAAAAUGAAAGACAAGGAAGUGAUAAUAAUGAACUCCUCUCUAGAUGUAUCAAAGAGGAUUUGGGGUUCAAAAAUGGUAAACCACUGGCAGCUUGUAUCAUAUACAAAUGUCUUCAUCAUUGGCAUGCCUUUGAAUCUGAACGCACAGCCAUAUUUGAUCACAUUGUCGAUGGAAUUAAUGAUGUCCUAAAGGUUAGAGAUGAUGACAUUGUCUUGCCGUAUUGGCUGUCCAAUACAUCUGCACUUCUAUGCCUCUUGCAAAGGAACUUGCAUUCAAAUGGCUUUUUAACAGCCACUGCUCAACGUUAUGCCAGAUCAUCUGGCUUGACUAGUCGAAUAGGACAUGAUGAUUCUAUGCAGAUCAUGGAGUCAUUGAGUGAUCGACAUUCUUCUGCUCAUUUGAUGAUAGCUGCUAGGAGAAGCUCAAAAAUGCAGAAAAUUUUGCAUUUCACCCUAGUUGGUGGUCUCCCACUUAUUGGAUAUGAUGAUAGUACAGUACAUGUGGAAGCAAGAUAUCCAGCUAUUCUUUUUAAACAACAACUAACUGCUUGUGUAGAGAAGAUUUUUGGCCUUAUACGUGAUAAUUUGAAAAAGGAGCUUUCUCCACUUUUGGCAUCAUGUAUUCAGGUGGCACCUAAAACAGGACGGAUGCUAGGUGGUAAAUCAUCUAAAUCUCCUGGUGGGCUUCCUCCACAAUCACCUGUUGCUCAAUGGGACAACAUCAUCAAAUUCUUGGAUUCACUCAUGAGCCACAUGACUGCAAAUCAUGUACGGUCCUUUUUCAUUCGCAAGCUAGUGACUCAGGUUUUUUCCUUCAUCAAUAUUACACUAUUCAACAGCCUUCUGUUGCGACGUGAAUGCUGUACUUUCUCAAAUGGUGAAUAUAUAAAAUCUGGGCUUGCAGAACUGGAGAAAUGGAUUGCUAAUGCAAAUGAGGAGGUAAUACAUCAGAAGAGAAAAAAGUCAUUGGAAGAAAUUCGACAGGAUCUUUGUCCGGUAGUUAGUGAAAUGAAGGACAUUCUGAGCAAGGACAAUCAGAGUUUGACCUCUAAUUCAUUCUUGUUGGAUGAUGAUAUGAGCAUUCCUUUUUCUGCUGAAGAUAUAGAUAUGGCAAUCCCUGCUAUAAAUGCUGAUGAUAUUGAUCCUCCAGCAUUUUUGUGCGAAUAUCCCUGUGCCCAGUUUCUUGUUUUACAUGAGAAGUAA